AUGCUCAAUUUAACUGUCGUGUCAUGGGCACUUUCCGAGCCAAUUGUCACAUGGCAUUUCGGGGACGUCCAACUGUCUCAAAGUGUAAAACAUAUGCAACGCUAUGCUGGACACGAUUAUUCCCUAAAAAUAAAUCGAGUACGUGCAGAGGAUGCAGGACAUUAUACUGUUCGUGCUGAAAAUAGUUUUGGAAGACGUGAAUUCCCCGUUUUAUUGACAGUGCAACCAAUUCAGGAAAUCAAAAUUGAGCCAUUGCCACCAGCAUCACGGAAGAAAAUUGAACUAGAACCCGUCGAAAUGUUCCACGAAGAAGAGACAGCACCACGUUUUGCUUUCCAUCUACGAAAUCGUUAUAUCCAAGAAGGUGGGAGUGUGAAACUAACAUGCUCUGUAGACGGUUGUCCUACUCCAGUAAUCACAUGGUACAAAAAUGGUAAAGAAUUAAGGAAAGGUGAAGGAAAUUACGAAAUUCAACAAAUGCUUGGCAUCACUUCACUUGAAAUAUAUUCCUGUUCAGAAAGCGAUUCUGGACGAUAUUCCUGUCGUGCGACGAAUAGUCGUGGUGAAGAUGAAACCGAGUGUAAAGUUAUUGUUGAAGGUGAGUGCAACUAG